UCUUAAACAUUCAUACAUUCUCUCUCUAUAUCUAGCUAUCUCUAUCUCUUUGGUGAAAGAGAUAAUGGCAGGAUAUGAGAGGAACGAGGAACUUAUCUCCAGAAAUGGUCAUAAACAUGAGGGGAUGGCAAUGGGAGAUAAAUAUGGAGGAUUAGUACCAAAGAAGAAGCCUCUAAUCUCAAAGGAUCAUGAACGUGCUUUCUUUGAUUCAGCAGACUGGGCCUUAUGCAAGCAAGGUGCAGGAAUCAAUGAGAAAUCGACAAUAGAUAUAGAGACUUUGCAGCCCAAACUAGAGAGAACACCUCGUCAACACUUACCCCCGAGACGACCAGCAUGUAUAUCAGGAGGAAACAACCAUGUUGAGUAAGAAGUGUUGAAAGUAAAUAAAAGAAUGUUGGGAGUUGCUAGCGACCCAUAAGUUAAGGAUACAACUUUGCUUUCGGUGUUGAACUAAUGUGUAAUGUACAAGUUUUAAUGCAUGAUAUACAUGUCAAUGCAAUAUAAAGUAUGGUUUUCAUUUCUUUUUCAUUAAUAAAAAAGGUUUUAAUUGAGGAAUGAA